UGUUUUGUUUUGUUGAAGCAUCGGAGACAAAUUUGACACUUAAAUGAGGUAAACUGGGACAUGUUUUGCCAUUGGGAUGACUGGGAAAAAUGUCAUGAUUAAUCUGAAUUCACCUUAUAGUUUUCCCUCUGGAAACAUAAAAAGCACACAGGAACUCAGCAUUGUUCAGCGGCAGGUUGCAACGUGACACUGUCCCUUUAAGCCGCGAAGGGCUUUGCCACAGUGGGUCAAUUCACUAUCUUCUCUUGGGCGUGAUGCCAUUUGUCGGGAAGGCUGUCAGAGAGAGCAGGCCAGCCAGGAGAUCCAUUAGUCUAGACUGCCAUAUUCAGGCAGGGGAGAGGGGUAGAGGACAGAGCUGGAACCCUCGGGUCAGGAGGAGAUGUAUGCCAGGCCACUGAACUCUAACACCCUACUUCAGGCUCAUAAUUAAAGUUACAGAUUAAAGAUGCAGUCAUGUUUUCAACACUUGGCAGCCAGCCCACAUCCUUUUGAGUAUAGGGACAGGAAAUGGAGAGGUUCAAGUAGUCCAGGCUUUAGAUGGAGCUGUUGAUGCACGGGAGGCCCUCAAAGGGCACACAUACAUUUAAACAUGACAUAUUAUUUAAAAGUUGUGUUAAUUUAUUAUGUGGUCAAAAUAAAGUGAGAAAAAAAGUUUUACUGGGUAAAUGCACUGGAUUAAUGUACACACAUAAGUUCAUAAUGCAUGCAUUAUGAAUAGAAAAUUGCUUCAGUUUGCACUAUAAUGUUGUGUCAUAUUUAAAAUAUAUUAGAACUAACUUGGAUGAACUGACGUUAUUAGCACUACAACAAAUGCUGCAAUACUUCUCCAUCUUGUGGCACAUAUUGGUAACUACACAGAAUAGAAUAAAAUAGAAUAGAAUAGAAUAGAAUAGUUAAAAGUUAAAUAUUAUUAAUUGCUAAAUAAAAUAAAAUUAAAUAAUAUUAUAAACCUGAUACUGUACACCAAAAGGUACAAUUGCUAAGAAUGUUUUAUGCAGGAAUUAUGAUGAACGGAACUAAUGUUUUGAAAUUAAUGUUUUAAAAAUGAAAUUAUCAAUACAGAAAGGUGAAAUUACAAAAAAAAAAAAAAAAAAAAAAAAAAAAAGGAUAAGAUAUAUGAUAUGAAAUCCAACACACUUUAUCUACCCCAAACCACAAAUGGUAACACUUUAGUUUAGGGACCAUUUUUCAAUAUUAUAUUGUCUGUUCAUUAGUACUUAUAAAGCACAUAUUAAUGCCUUCUUCAGCGUGACCAUGUUCUAGAUCCCUUAAUCCUACCACAUACCUAAAUUUAACAACUACCUUAUUAACUAUUAAUAAUCAAUUAGGAGUUUAUUGAGGGAAACUCUUAGUUAAUAGUGAAUUUGUGUUCCCUAAUCUAAAGUGUUACCUCAAAAAUUGUUUUCCAAAAAUUAGUAUAAUUCAGUUUGUUUUUAUUUAGACAGAACACAUUUUUACAAGCUCAAAAUGUGCUAGUAAAUUUUACAAACAAUUGCAAAAAAAAAAAAAAAAAAACAGCAAGUAACACAUUGAACUGAACGUUAAAUUUUGAAGUAGAAAACACACACAAAGCUUACUUUAGUAAUCAUUGCUUUAUUUAUGACUUAAUAAAUCUAUGUCAUGUUAUAACAUGACAUGAAACAAUGACUUUUAUGGACUAAAUGGUAAUGUAUUGUGCUAUAUUCCUGUUUUUAGUUAAUACAAAUGACAUUUACUUAUGUGUGAGCUUCAUGUAGCAAAUCCCCUAAAGAGACAUGUGGACCCCUCUAAUUCUGAUGACAAUCCUAUAAAAUCUUCCAGUGGGGCUUUGCAGGUGGAUGGGUAAGAUCUCCAGGGACUGGUUUUGUAAUGGUUUGUCUCCCAUUGACAGAUGGCAUGCUAAAGCUAAAUGCAUGCUGGGAAACAGCACUCUCAUCUUGGGGAAGUCGUGGCCUAGUGGUUAGAGAGUUUGACUCAUAACCCUAAGGUUGUGGGUUUGAGUCUUGGGCAGGCAGUACCACGACUGAGGAAGGCACUGAACCCCCAACAUUUGCGAUCAGUGCUCUUCACUUGAUGCCUCUGCAGAAAGAGAUCUUAAAGGAGGUUUGGACAGAAGACAGUCUUCCUAACAAUUACUCCAAAAGGUCAAUACGGAAGAUAAAAAAGAAGAAGCCGGAGGCAGAUUCUGGAAAGGCCAAAGGAGCUGAAGCUAAACCGAAAAAGAGCAAAGCUAAAAAGAGUGAAGAGUUGUCAGGUGAAGAGGACAGGACGCCCUUAAAGACAGAGAGCAAAGCUGUAAAAAAGAAAUCCGAGAAGGACAAAGAAGAGGCAACAGAGAAGAAUACAAAAAAGAAGCCCAAGAGUACUCCUAAGAAGAAGAAAGAUUCUGAUGAUGAUGAGGAGGAUGACGAAGAGGAGACCUCACAGAAGAAAACUAAGAAGAAAACCACCAAAGAGAGCUUCCCUGCUGGCACCAAUGUAAAGAAAUCAAAGGCCAAAGAGAGUAAAGGUGAAUCAGAAAGCAAACGAAAGACAGCCAAGGCUAAAAAGGAGCCAGCUUCUAUGUUUCAGAUAAAUGGAAAUAAACCAGAUUUUAUCACAAAAAAGAAAGCAUCUGCUCCAGCCACGAAGUCGGACAGUGAUGAGAGUGAGCCAGAGACUAAACCCAGCAAGAGCAAAAAGAAAUCCACUGCCAACUCCAGCUCGAUGUUUCAGGCAGGAGGAGACAAAGAAGACAAGAAAAAAGACAAGAAUAAUAAGGACAAAGAAAAGAACAACAGGAAAAAGAACGCUGCUAAAUCAGAUGAAAGUGAUGAUGAGGAUACAGAAAUUCCCAGAAAGAAGAAAGGCAAAGGGAGGAAAAGUAAGAAGGAUGAGAGGCCUCCAUCACCAGAGAUUGAAUUCGAUGACCUUGAGGAGUUUGUUCUUCAGCCUGCACCUCAGGGAAUCACCAUCAAGUGUAAAGUGAUGCGAGACAAGCGUGGCAUGGACAGAGGCUUCUACCCCACCUAUUACCUCCAUUUAGACAAUGACAAGAAGGUUUUUCUAUUGGCUGGUCGAAAAAGAAAAAGGAGUGCAACGUCAAAUUAUUUGAUAUCCAUAGAUGCCACUGACCUGUCUCGGGGUGGAGAAAAUUUUAUUGGAAAGUUGAGGUCCAAUCUCAUGGGUACCAAGUUCACAGUGUUUGACAAUGGUCUCAACCCUGACCGUGCCCUCAGAGACAUGUCUAACGCCCGGCAAGAGCUAGCGGCUAUCAUUUACGAGACAAAUGUGUUGGGGUUUAAAGGGCCCAGAAAAAUGGCUGUGAUCAUUCCAGGCAUGGAUGACGACAACGAGCGAGUGCCGAUAUGUCCACGAACAGACAACGACAAUAUACUUAUGCGCUACCAAAACAGACAGAUGGACAACCUAAUUGAACUCCACAACAAAACUCCAGUUUGGAAUGAUGACACCACUUCCUAUGUCCUCAACUUCUCUGGUCGGGUCACACAGGCCUCUGUCAAGAACUUCCAGAUCGUCCACAGCAAAGACAAUAGCUAAAUUGUGAUGCAGUUUGGAAGGGUAGCAGACGAUGUGUUCACUCUGGACUAUAAUUACCCCAUGUGUGCAGUGCAAGCCUUUGCCAUCGCUCUGUCCAGUUUUGAUGGCAAACUAGCCUGCGAAUGAACAAAAUUCUAUGCCCAAGAGUUAAAUCUUUGCAAUCAACACAGGAUAACUUCAUCAUCUGGAAGGAAGAUGAAGGAAGAUGUGCGAUUUGACAAUGUGGGACAUUUUUAUGAUUUCCACUGUGCCUGAAUGUGAUAUGUGCAAGCAUGUAUGUAAUGCAGGCUACAUAAAAUGACUGAAAGUGACUGGAAAACUAUUUGAUUAUACUUUCUGUUGUACUGAGAUUUAUGAAUGUAAAUGAGAUUUAAUUUGUUUUAUAAUAAAGGUGCAUGUAAAUGAUAAUAAAUGAUGCAAUGUAUAUUUUUCUCUAAAACAUCUGAGAUGCAAAACAUAUGUAAAUAUACAUGUGUGUGCAUUUAAAAGUCAUUUUUAAAAAUGUUGCGUAAAAUGUAUUAGAGCGUUUACUCAAAUUGGGUUUUCAAACUGUGGGUCACUUGGCUGCAGCUGAAUUAGCGUUUAAAUGACACACACACUCACACAGUUCAGUCUUGGGCUGCACGAUAUAGUCUACCAACAUUAAUUACGAAUUGCGAUAUCCUUAGUGUGAUUUUCGAAUUGCAAUUAAGUCCGCGAUUUAAAACAUGCGUUGCGUGUUUUGAAGCACGGGCGCGCACGAGUUGUAAUUACAGUGAGGCUCUCAGAG